AGACGUACGUAUGAAAUACACUGGGAGACGAAAAAAGUUGCCCCUGGUCAUGAAAAAAGCCAUCGGAAGCUGGAGUCCAGAAAUCAUCAAGAAAAGCCCGAGAGCGGACAUUCCUUAAGGCUGGAAUUCCCAUUGUACCUCCGCGAGCAAGAUGAUUUUAUCGCUUGUUGAACGGCGGUGUUUGUAGGCUAAAUCUUGUGGCUCCAAUCAAUUCAAGUAUUCGCUGGUUUGGCUGAGUUGUCUGACUUUCGAGGCGCAAACUUGGCACCAGUAGGCUACAUUUACUAAAGGCGGCUGCGGAAGAAAGGACAAUGUCAACGGAAGAAAGAUACAAGUUGGUGGUCGUGGGCGGUGGAGGUGUUGGUAAAAGCGCCCUCACUAUUCAGUUUAUUCAGUCAUACUUCGUGUCUGACUAUGACCCAACUAUUGAAGACUCAUACACUAAAAUCUGCACAGUGGAUGGAAAGGAAACACGACUAGACAUACUUGACACAGCAGGACAAGAAGAGUUUGGAGCAAUGAGAGAGCAGUACAUGCGCUCUGGAGAGGGUUUCUUACUGGUGUUUGCUUUAAAUGAUAGUGGCAGUUAUAAUGAAAUUCAGAAAUUUCACACUCAGAUUCUGCGGGUAAAGGAUCGAGAUGACUUUCCCAUGGUUCUUGUUGGCAACAAAUCAGAUCUUGACCAGCAAAGAGCGAUCUCAAAAGAGGAAGCGAUCGGAUUUGCCCGAGAAAACAGAAUCCAUUAUAUGGAAUCUUCAGCAAAGAAUCGCCACAAUGUGGAUGAGGCCUUCAUGGAGGUUGUGCGAGCAAUAAGGAAGUUUCAAGAGACGGAGAGUCCACCGCUCCCUACUAAUCAUGCUGGGAAACAGAAGAGUGGUGGCUGUCCCUGCACCCUGCUCUGACUGCCCCUUGCACUGUUGCCUAGGAGACUGAAGCCCUCUGUCUCAUGCCUGGUGCCUUAUGUGUCUACCCAGUGUGUGUUGUGUUUUGUGGAUAUGUGUGCCUGGUUGUUUGCAUCAGUGUUUUAGUAGCUUUUACAGUUUAUGUAGUUGAAUAGUUCCUCUUUGGAAACCCAUAUCACAUUAGUGAGAACCGCCAGUCUAUUGUAUAGGGGACCUUUCGUUUUCAUGUCAUCCAUAUGUUUUUUUUUGUGCUUUUGUAGAAUGGAGCUGUUGGUUUUAAAUUCAUAAACAGUAUUUGUUUAUAUCAAACCUUUAAGGUCACCAAAUGAUUAAGUGCUUUUUCUUAUUUUUUGAUCACCACAAAGAUGGGAGCAGUGAAUCGCUACAAUGUAGAUCAUGUAAGCAAUCAUAUGUUUAAUCUUUUUUUUAUUGUGUUAGGAUGAAGUAUUGGUUUAUUUAGAAAGUCAGAAAGUAUUGUAUUGACUCAGACUUCUGUCGGGCAUGUGCCCUCUCUCGGGUUUCAUUUAAUUCAGUAUGACCGUGCUGAAAUGGCUGCUCUGAUGUCUGCCUUGUUUCCCCUCACGAACGAUCAGUGGCAAGAAUAAUAUUCAGCCCAAUUGUUUUUAAUAAUCUCGUCCUGACAAAGUAAUUGGGGACAGUGCAGAGAUGAUAAUGAUGUUUUAACAAUGCUAUUUUUUAAAUGAGAUUAUUUCUUUGAUGCACAAAGGUAAUAGACAAACAGUGCCGUUACAAACUAGGGGUCCAGUGUUUGUGUAAUGUUUAUUCAAACAAACCAAAGGCUUUGCUGUAGAUGUUUGCACACCAUUGUCAUUGUGAACGUUUAUCUUAUGUAGUUUUAACACUAAAAUGGUUUCAUACUGGGGAUGUUGUGCUUUUAUAAUCAAAAGGAUUUAUUAGUUUAAUUUUUAUGUCUUUUUAAGGUACUUUCUAUUGUUCAAAUGCAGAGGCACUCUCUCAAGAUUCACAUGCUUUUGUAUAUGGUGUGCUUGUUUUUUGCACCUGCAUUAGUAGAGAGUGAUGAAAAGUGAUACAGAAAAUGCCCAAAUGAAUAUGCUAACAAAACAUGAUCUUAAUCAGUGUUUUAAGGGAAUGAGUCAAUGUAUGUCCAAAUAUAAAAGUCUUAGUUUAGGAUGAGGAGAAAUGAAACUAGGUACUUUUUAUAGGUCCACUAUAACAGUUCUUACGUGUUACACAAGGGAGCGCUACACACACUUUAUGGCCUUUAAUCAAGAGACUUUUUUUAAACACAAAUUUUGUAAUAGCCCAGGUCUGUCAACUGCAAAGAACAAAGCACUAUACUAUUAAGGAAUGUUAAGAAAUACACAACAUUGUAAUAUGAUUGUCUUUCAUUUCAUUUGAUGUCUUAAGUCUUCAAUUAUUUUAAUUUAAGAUGUUUACUUGUUGGUUCUGGAUCUUGAUGAAUGCAUCUUCCAUAAUUAAAGUUUCAUUUUAACAAUAUUCUUUUGUACACAAAUAAAAUAUUUACCAAAACUGUCA